CAGAAACGAGCUAGAUUUGACGACCAACCGUCAACACCCUGACGGAACGUCACACAUCGACGUUAUUGUCGCUGUUUCUGCUUCUUGUUUGCGGUGCAAAUCAACCCAAGAAGACAUGCUCUCACGAUGAUCGACCCCUCCCUCCGCCUCCGCCGCGCAAUCCACGCCUCCGACCCUCUCCUCGUCUCCCGCAUCCUCCACUCCCACCCGCGCCUCCUCCGCAACCCCGAUACCUCCCCUACGGUUCCCAACGGGCCUCUCCGCUUCCCAACGGGCCUCUCAAACACUUCUCUACACCUGGCUUCCUCACUGGGCCUGGUGCCCGUUAUCAAGGUCCUGCUCUCACUACACCACGAAAAGGAGGGCAUAUCGUUGAAUGAGGACCACCAGACGCCGCUUAUGCUCGCGUCUCGGGCUGGACAUACAGAAGCUGUGCACUUGCUCUGCACCGCCUUCCCCGCAGCAAUACCGAAGCGGGAUAUAAGAGGCAGAGACGCAAUCAUCUUCGCCAGCGAGGGUGGACACGAUACCUGCCUGCAAAUCCUAUUGACCUUCGCGCCAGGCGGCCCUGAGGAAUGUCUGCGGAAUAAAGACGUGGAUGGCAACACAGCGUUGCACUAUGCGAGUUCCAAUGGGCAUUUACUAGUGUUGAGGACGCUAUUGGCAGCCGGCGCGGACUCCGAGGUCAGAAAUGUGUGGAGUUGGACGCCGGUUGCGUAUUCAGCGACGGUUCAGGCGGAGGUUUAUUUCAAGGGCUUGGUGGGGGAGGUGGAGAGGAGGAGGGUGGCGAGGCGGCAGGCUGAGGAGAGAGGGACGGGAGGUGGGGUGAGGAUUGUCGGGGAUGGGGAGGAGUAGAUGAGAGAUGUUAGGGAGACAGAGGGAAGAUACCAGAGUCCAGGGAUAUGCUCAGAAGGGAGAAGAUAUGAUGAUUGAUGGUGACGAGAUACGACGAGAUGACGAGAUGCCGCGAUAUCAAAGAGCUUGGCGACUUGGGAGCGGGCGUUUGGAGCAUGGGCUUGCAGCUUAGGACCCUGGCACCAAGCUUCGGGAGCAUUUUCGUGCUUUUUUCUUUAAGUCAAGUUGCUAUUGCCCUUGGAGCCCUGGUGUUCUUUGAGUGUUCCACAGCAACUUUGUACAUCUAAACUUUUCCAAGCAUCAGUGUCCCAAAGUUUCCUAGUACAUUGAAGCCUGUCCAAAGGCUCAGUGUGUUUCGAAUGUCCCAGAACACCUUGGUACCUUUAAAAUUCCACAAACCCCAAUGUCCCAA